ACACACAUACAGGCAGAAAUGCAGGAGGAGGAAUGAAGCUUCAUAACAACCAUGGAAGAAAGGAUUUCUUUUUCUGGAAACUGGCUUUCAGCUUCUCCUUCUUGUUCAGUGUGUCUCAGUCCAAAGCUGCAUGUCCAUCUGUUUGCUAUAUGAAUCUAACGCUCCUCUGGAGAAAGUGGGCUAUUUCAGAGGUAUACAACCCAGCUUUGCUUGAAGAGAAACACCUUUCCAAGAAGAUUGCUGGUUUAUUGGUGGAACCAGAAGGAGAAGGAAAAGAUGCCUGUAGACCGGGGACCAACUUCACUAUACCACCAAACACAGAGGACUGGAUAGCCUUCAUUGCAAGAGGAGGCUGUACUUUAAAAGAGAAAAUCAAGGCAGCUCUAGGGAAGGGGGCUACUGGUGUCUUAAUCUAUGGUCGUUCAUGUCCUGACAGACGGAGUCUCAUUUUAAUUCAUGGUGAAACAGGUGACAUGGCUGCCAUCAUGAUUAGUAGUCAGAAAGUAAAGCAGAUUCUGCGGUUGAUCCAGGCAGGUAUCCGGGUAACUGCAGUAAUCGAGGUGGGAACAACACCAUGCUUCUGGAAGAUCUAUCUGUGUGCUCAUUCUUUAAUUUUGACAUUUGUGGCUUAUGUAUUACUAUUCUGUACUCCAAGCGAGAUUGUGGUAGGACAGGAAGAACAGAGUACCCAACCCACAGAAGCAGAACUCCAGAAAGCUGUUUGCUCACUUAAGUCACACAGGUUAAAAAAAGAUGAAUUUGAUCUAGCUGAAGAGACUUGUGUGGUUUGCUUAGAGACAUUCAAACCCAGGGAAGUGGUGCGUAUUUUAACUUGCAGACAUAUCUUUCACAAAAGAUGCAUUGACCGCUGGCUUCUAAAGCGUGGGAGUUGCCCUAUCUGCA